UCUGUGUCGUAACGCGACGUGAGAGGUCACACCGAGGAGGCUAGCUAACAGCGAACAGACAACAGCGGCGUUUUCAGCGGCGCUCCUGUGUUUAUAUGAGAGGAAAGACACACAGACAGGCUGACACACAGACAGACACACAGAGGGACAGACAGGCUGACAGGCUGAGAGACAGACAGGCUGACAGACAGGCUGACAGACAGGCUCACAGACAGACAGGCUGACAGAGGGACAGACAGCACGAUCUGCCGCCACCUCAACGCCCCGCAGCACUUCCUGCCCGUCAGCCAAUCAUCUUCCUGACAGCGGUGAGGACACCUGCCCCUCCUCGGCCUGAGCCUCACCUGCAGGCGUUCAGCAGCAGCAGAGUCCAGCAGGUGGCGCCGUGGCUCUGCGAUGGCGCGGCACAGUAAGCUGCAGAAGCAGGUUCUGGCUCUGUACCGGCAGUUCCUGCGCGCCGGCCAGGCCAAGCCGGGCUUCAUCCCGCGCAUCCGCGACGAGUUCCGGGAGAACGCGCGCAUCAAGAAGACGGACGUGAUGCACAUCGAGUAUCUGUACCGGAGGGGCCAGAGGCAGCUGCAGCAGCUGCAGGACCACAACACCAAGCAGCUGGGCUCCUUCUCCAAGCCCAAGGAGCAGAGCUGAGGCCGGGGGGCCGGAGGGGCCGGGGGGGCCCAGGGGGGCCGGGUGGGCCGGCCUGCUCGCACAGCCCGGGACACUGCAGGGAAACACAGACCUCAGAUCAGAUGUCAGGAGGAAACGGCUGCAAGCCACAUGGACUCUCACGUUUCUGUGUCACAUUAAUAAUAAUAAUAAUGAUGUAAUAGUAAUAAUAAUAUUUCUCAUAGAAACGUUGAUCUCGCCGGUCAUUUUGUUUCUCACAUGAACGACCGCCGGUCCAGCACCGCUGACCUGAGGUGUGAUAGAGCAUCUCAGUAACUGUAAAUAUAGUUUUCUUAGGGUUUUUAUUUUUUAUUUUUCAAUAUUUCUGGUACCUGUGAUCAUUAUUAUCAUUAUUAUCAUCAUUAUUAUUAUUAUUGUUGUUGUUGUUGUUGUCAUUAUCAUUAGUAUUAUUAUUAUUAUUAUUAUUAAAAGCUGAUAUUUCAGGAAAUGUUAGCUAUUUUCAUCUUUUUUCCCUGCAGAUUCACUUGAUUUCUCUCAGAAACACAGCAGCUGUUCCUCUGCAGUCGGAGUGAACACGAUGCACGGCAGCAGCAACAUGAAGCACGCUUUAAAACAGCAUUAAAACUGUCGAGCAAUAAAUAAAAUCAGUUAGAAUAUAAAGACACAGACCACUAAAAAAAAUGAGAAUAAAAUCAAACAUGAGAAGAAGGAGAAAAUGAGGAGUGUAUCAGCAAGAAAUUACUAGAAAAAUGUAUUUAAAAAUGUCCCAAACGAUUGAUCAUAAUUUAAAGCUCAGAUCAUUGUUCUUGUGUUUAAAUGGUGUGUGUGUGUGUGUGCGUGUGUGUGUGUGUGUGUGUGUUUCAUUAACAUGUCUCUGAAACUGCAGAAUUUCACAAACUGUAUUUAAAGUGUUGUCAGUGAA